GAUUUAGUUUGAAUUCAAACAUUGAAACGGAAAUUAGAAACGCGAAUCGCCAAAACCAGCAAAUCCUAAGCUGACCAUCUUACCUGUAACAUAAAUCUACUCUGGAAAGGAAAUACCUGUAUUGAGAGAGUGUGUGUGUGUGUGCGUGUGUGUGAAGAAUCACUCUUUCGUCGAAAAAACCAAAAAAAAAAAAAAAUGUUUAAAAUUCAUUUCAAUUUUGUUUUGUCUGUCCUGGUCAUGUUGUGGCUGGGCACUCAUGCCAUUUCCGCCACGUCUAUAGCCAAAAGAUCUAUUCCUCUAACAAAUCCAAAAGCUACUGAGGGUGAGGUGCAGUUACGAGAUGUUGUAACGAUAAAGGAUAUUCGCGCCUUCGUAGCCGAACAUCCUAAUUUGCAUUUGACCCGCCUAAUGAAAAAGGAGCGCCAAAGUACUUUGCAAACUGUGAAGUACACUUUGGGCGGUCGUGUAUCAGGCGAUCGUCUGGUGGCUCAAUAUGGUGAUACCACCUUCUAUCCGGUUAAAAAAGAUGUUACCACACAAGUGACCUAUCCUGCAACUGGCACCGGCAGUGUGGUCACUGCCGUCGAAAUCCAUUGUUUGCAAGAUGAAAACAAUGGCAAUGCUUAUGUGGUGGCCGGAGGAUUGGGUCAGCGUUUCAUUUCCAUAGUGCUGGAGGCAGUGCAAACAGAACGUUUCACUUACAACAUCCAUGUUUAUGGCACUGACUAAGCUUGAGAGGAGAUGAGCAGCAAAACAAAAAGGAGAAGGAAGAGUCAAAGGAGUAUGCAAAACUUGAAAUAGCAACAAAUAGGAAAAAAAUAUUUUUUGAAAGAGAUAAA